GGAAGUCGUUUGCGGCCCCACCAGAAGUAGCUUCACUUGACAACAGAAAGGGCUUCUUCCGGUUGGGCUCCGUGCGACGGUUGGUUUCCGGCUCUAUUCAUUCUCUAUACUCUCCUCUUGGAGGCCUUCUUCUCGCGUCUCGCUUUCUCCACCACGCGAUGAACUCUAUGGUAACUCGGGCGGUGUCACGGCAGGGGGCGCGCGGAGCGCCGCUCUGCACUUCCGACUUCCGGCACUCUAUGGUGGAGCCGGCGGCGCUCUAGAGGUUUCUGGGCUCUCUCGAUGGGCCGGUGGCGGCCCCGCUGAGGAGCGGCGGCGGCCCCGCCAUGGAGGCCGAGACGUUGGAGGCGCGCAUCAACAAGGCCACCAACCCGCUGAACAAGGAGCUGGACUGGGAUGGCAUCAAUGCGUUCUGCGAGCAGCUCAACAAGGAGCUGGAGGGCCCUCCGCUCGCCACCCGGCUCCUUGCUCACAAGAUCCAGUCCCCGCAGGAAUGGGAGGCCAUUCAAGCCCUCACGGUGUUGGAGUCCUGCAUGAAGAGCUGCGGCAAGCGCUUCCACGAUGAGGUGGGCAAGUUCCGCUUCCUUAAUGAGCUCAUCAAGGUGGUGUCACCAAAGUAUCUUGGCAGCCGGACACCAGAAAAAGUGAAGUCAAAGAUCUUGGAGCUGAUGUACAGCUGGACACUGGGGCUGCCUCACGAGGUGAAGAUCUUGGAGGCCUACCAAAUGCUAAAGAAACAAGGUAUUGUGAAAUCUGACCCAAAACUGCCUGAUGAUGCUCCUUUUCCACCACCUCCUCCUCGGCCCAAAAACAUCAUUUUUGAUGAUGAAGAGAAAUCAAAGAUACUGGCACGUCUCCUGAAAAGUUCCCAUCCUGAGGACCUUCGGGCUGCCAACAAGCUCAUCAAGGAGAUGGUUCAGGAGGACCAGAAGCGCAUGGAAAAGAUCUCCAAGAGAGUGAAUGCCAUUGAGGAGGUGAACAACAAUGUGAAGCUGCUGACAGAGAUGGUGACAAACUACAGCAAGGGGGAGACAACAGAGAGCAAUGAGGACCUGAUGAAGGAGCUGUAUCAGCGCUGUGAGCGCAUGAGACCCAUGCUUUUCCGGCUUGCCAGCGACACCGAAGACAACGAUGAAGCUUUGGCGGAGAUCCUGCAAGCCAAUGACAACCUGACACAGGUGAUCAAUCUCUACAAGCAGCUCGUAUGGGGAGAAGAGGUCAAUGGGGAGAUGGUGGCUGGUCCCCUUCGAGGCAGCACCUCUGCGCUUCUGGAUCUGUCAGGACUGGAGCUCCCAGCAACAGGGCCUUCCUACCCAGCCUUGCCCACCCUUUCAGGUGGUUCAGCAGUCCCUGUGCCUGACCAAGCUGGCUCUGUUUCCUUGCUGGAUGAUGAACUUAUGUCUUUAGGCCUGAAUGAUCCAGCACCACAUCCUGCCCAGGCUGGUGACAGCAGUGGCUGGAACAGCUUCCAGUCAUCAGAUAGCAAUGAGCUCAGCAUCACCCCUGUUGUGAUAGCAGCGCCAGUCAAAGCAGAUGCAGGUACAUCCUCCCCCAAACCUACGUUCACAAGUGGCCUGGAUGACUUGGACCUCCUGGGCAAGACAUUGCUGCAACAGUCUCUGCCUCCAGAGUCCCAACAAGUGCGAUGGGAGAAGCAGCAGCCACCUCCCCGGCUCACUCUGAGGGAUCUUCAGAACCGGAGCAACUCCGGCGCCACAGCCCAAAACUCCAAUGUUCUGCCUGUGCUCCAGGGUGUUCCUCCUAACCCCUCACUGCCCCUGAACUCAGAGCUGCCUGCUACGCUUCCAAAAGUUGCCACCACACCACCAGGAAGCACUUCAGUCCCACCACAGCCUCCUGCCUCCACGCUGCCCCCAGAGAUCUCGCUAGCCAACAUCACUGUGCCUCUGGAGUCAAUCAAACCCAGCAGCAUCCUUCCUGUGACAGUGUAUGAUCAGCAUGGCUUUCGCAUCCUCUUCCACUUUGCCAAGGAUGCCCUUCCCGAGAGGCCCGACGUGCUGGUGGUGGUGAUUUCUAUGCUAAGCACAGCCCCGCAGCCCAUCCGUAACAUUGUUUUUCAGUCUGCUGUCCCCAAGGUGAUGAAGGUGAAACUACAGCCACCCUCAGGCACAGAGCUGCCAGCGUUCAACCCCAUUGUCCAUCCCAGUGCCAUCACUCAAGUCCUGCUGCUUGCUAACCCACAGAAGGAGAAAGUGAGGCUACGAUACAAGCUAACCUUCACCAUGGGAGAGCAAACUUACAAUGAAAUGGGGGAUGUGGACCAGUUCCCCCCACCAGAGUCCUGGGGCAACCUCUAGGGCUGCAUGUAGUAGGCACUACACUUGGAAGCCAGCCCUGUGGGGCUGAAGCAGCCUGAGGACAUGGGGAGGGCGGGUGGGGGGCUGCUGCUCAUGCUCAAUUCUCCAAUCAGCCGGGUGAGUGCCAGAGGGAGUGUGCCUCCAGGAUGAGAGCAGACACCAGGAGAUGUUCAUCCCACAAGAGCAGGAGUGCAGUCAAGCUGCUUGUGGCUGAACAGUUGCCUUCCCUGCUCUUCCAAAGGCACCCCUCCCUCUCUAGUUUGUUCAGCAUCUCUUCUAACCCUGCAUUCCCCCUCUUGGUGCAGUGGGAAGCAAGGAUGGGAAGCUUUUAACAGCCUCAGCCUGAGGCAGGGCCUAGCAAAGGAAGAUCCUUUCCCUUCUCCAUCUCCCCCAACCCUUCAGCUGCUUUAUGCUCUGCAUUGUUCUCUCAUGUUAGCAAAUGCUGAGCUGUGGGGUAUCUUCCCUUGCCCUAGCCUUGCAGCUGGGCCCUAGUGGUUUCCUGUCUGAUGGGAUGACCUUAGAACUGAACAAGGACUUAGGUGUCUUCCCAGCUCCAGAGAGCAGGCAGUGAUCCUUGCUUUUGGGGGCCAGGGAGAAAUCUUCCCGCAGCCCCCUCUUUCCAAUAGCAGGCAGAGCUGUUGGUGGGAGGUGGGCCCUGGAAAGGGCUCAUUCUGUGCCUCCCCAGCUGCUUCAGCUCUGGCUCCUGGGCACUGAACUGCCGGGCGGAAGCACACAUCUUCCCACUACGCUUCACUGCAGCGAGCAUUUGGGACUGCGGCUGGAACAUCGCCUGUUUGUCCUUGCCCCUCGCAGGGCUGACACAAUUCAAAAGGGGCCUUCGGUGGGCUGAAUCCUUUCUCCUUGAGGCUGGGGAGGGGAGAGGAUGGGAGUUGGGCUCUGAGCAUCGCCAGGGGGCACCAUCAAGCUCUGCACUGCGGGGACUGGGGUACAGCUGUGCCUUGUGCCCCUUUGCCCAGAGGGGGACUCGCUCCAGCCCCCUGAUCACUGUGACACUAGAGUGAGGAUCUGCAGGCAUGGAGGAGACCAGGGGGUGGAAUGUCUUAAGCAAUCCGUGUCCUGAUAGGGCUUGUGGCCAUAGGAGCUGCUUCCCACCUCUAAGCAGUUUGAGCUGGCUCUUAGGGGCAAAUUGAACUCUGCAUUAGCUGGCCAGAGGUAGAAGGCAGUCUGCACGUGAUGGAGAUGAGCGAGGUGCUUUGUAUUCUCUGCUUGGAACAGUGAAGGUGGAAACUGGGUGCAGCAUGUGCUGGAGAAGAGGGGGAAGCAAGGUCUUUAUGCUGAGGUUCUGCUGUGUCUUACUUCCCUUUCUGGUCUCUUUUCAGGGUUUUGUAUGGGUUUUCUUUUUUCUUUGCAGAUCUUGUUUGGUUCUUGAACAGACUUGUAUAUAUUUUCAGUGCAAAUUCUGUAAAUGGAAGAAAACAAAAAUAAAAAACGCCCGGCGCGACAAAUCUGCUGUAUUUAUGGGAAAUAAAGAAUUCUUUCCUCA